CCAACCACUUUUUUCUUAGCACUAAACCCAGCUAGAUCUGCUUCUUGAGUUCACCAAGAAAAAAUGGAAGCCCUCAUUUCGCAAUUCACCUUCCUCUCAGACCAGGCUUUACAAGACAAGAACUUUGAUCCUUCCACAAUUGAAGAUCUUAUGAAACUAUUCGAGAUUGAAUCAUACAAGGCAUGGGCAGCAGCGGAACUUGAGCAAGAGAAAGAGGUGGAAGAAGCAGAGGCUUCCAUGCAACAAGCUGAGGACUACCUUGAAUCGGUCAUGGAAAGUGCCAUGGAUGAGUUUAGACGCUUUGAAGAAGAGCUUGAGAGAGUGUCACAAGCUGAAAUGGACAGCUUAGUUCAAACUGCUGAGAAAGCUAGAAAAAUGGGUAACUUGAUGGAAAAAGCUGCCUCUAUUGCUUCCAAAAAGUAUAUUGAGUCUGCGUUGAAUUCAGCCACUGCUUCCAUGAAAUCAGCUUGGAAAGGACUCUCUUCUGGCAAGGUUCAUCCUUCUUAACAACCCUUUUCUUGAUAUCAAUUCAGGUUAAACCUGCAAUAAAAAAAAUUCUCCUUUAUCCUGUGUUGUUAUUUGCACUUCUUACAUUGCUGCUUUGGAAAAGUGGGAAAUUAUAUCAGAAUUGUACCAUAAAUUGAGAUGCUAAACAUUCAGCCAAAAAGUGAAAAGAAAAAUAGAUCCAAUGUUCUCUGUACAUGGAAAUCCAUGACCUUUUUUGGGUGGAUCUGAUGCAAUACAAGGCUUAUGGUUCAAGCAGCUUAAUCUUGAACAUUCAGUUAUGUAUUUACCCCCUUGUUUCUUACGAGUUAGUAUUACUUCUUUGAUCCUAGAUUAAACUGUUGUCUUUUUGCUUGAAU